AUGUCGAACUCGGCCUCCUCCGCCUCUACCACUUCGGUAGCGAAGCCCUUGAACGAUGCGCUCAAGCGGUCCAUCAACCACCGGGUCAAACCUAACACGUUCACGAUUGAUGCCAUCAUCAACAGCCUCUUACGCCCUCUGUUCCAUUCGUCGGCGCUGUCGAGCAUCGCCACCAUCCUCUCGGUGGUCAGGAUCGUCGGUGGCGUCAACAACCUCAAGUUUCUCAAGGACAGACGCGAUCUGAGUGCGCGCGAAAAGGUGGCAUCGUUUGCCUCCGACUUUGCCGCUGGCUGGAGCGAUGGUGCCAACCGGUUGGCGAAAUGGUACCUGGUGAUCCGGGUGCUCAAGACGAUCAAUGCGAUCGGUAACCGUCUCGUGAUCGACCGUCAGCGACCGCGCCCCAUCCGGUGGAGCGAGCAUGUCGUCGUCAUCACGGGAGGCGCGCGAGGCAUCUGCGGCCACGUCUGCAAGCUCCUGCGCCAGAAGGGUGCGAAGGUGGUGGUGCUUGACCUGCCGGAAAAGUCCGAGCAUGGAUUGGAGACGCUGUACAUCCAGACGGACGUGACUGACAUCAAGUCGCUGCUCAACGCCAAAAAGGUGGUCGAGGAGCAGCUAGGCUACACCACCAUGCUGCUGCUCGGCGCCGGGAUCGCUCGACACUCGUUCCUGCUGGAUACGGAGGAGCAGUUCCCCUACGAGCUCGCCAAGCAAGUUUCUGAAGUUAACUUUCACGGCGUCAUGGCCACACUCAAAGCGUUCGGCGAACACAUGCUGCCGGACGGCGGCGUCAAGGACCGCCCCUACAAGCAGGCCAAGAACGGCUGGGGUGGACAUAUUCUCAUCAUCGGCUCGGGGGCUGCCUACAUCGAGCUGCCCGCCAAUCCGGGGUACAACGCGUCCAAAGCCGCGACCGUGUCGUUGCAUGCAUCGCUCUCCGCCGAGCUGCACGCCUACCACAAGGUAAACAAUGUGCGCAGCUCGAUCAUCUGCCCACUCAAGAUCGAGAGCAAGAUGACCGAGGGACGCAUGCUCGACACGCACGAUCAGUUCUUGCUGCCGACGCUGACCAUCCCAGAAGCGGCUACAAAGAUUGUGGAGAUUUUCGAAGGUGACCGCUCCAGGAUCGUCUACAUCCCACGUGCCAUGUACGUGAUGAGCUACAACAAGGUGCUCCCUGCUUGGGUGCUUCGGCUACUCCACGUGACACUCGGGUCCACGGAAACGUUCAUGACCUAUGCCAAGGAGUUUCGCAAUCGCGACGAAAACAUUAAUCAAAAGUAG